CACACCGCUGUUCAUCGAAGGCAUAACCAGAAACCGCGACAAUUUACUAGAUCGAAGAUGUUUCGCAACGUAUUCCGAUCUCCGUCGACGACGACCAUGUUGGCGAGUGCGGCAACCGCUGCCUUCACCGGGUCGUCGUACAUGAAUGCAACGUCCACGGACUGCGAAGAAGCCCCGAAAGGCCUUCCUACCUUCAAGGGAUGGAGGCACCGAUCGGAUGGUACGAAACGAAAUGAAUCGAAACGGUGCUAUGCUCUAAUUCACCUAAUCUUGCUACGCACGUGUUGUUUUGGAGAUGCACAUACACACACAAAACAAAGGGAUCAUUUUUUGUGAUUUUGGGGAAUCCAUGCCCAUUUUUGAAAAGCAAGUAUUUGCAUCGCCAAACUAACUCGUUCUCGUGCUUUGUGCAAACACGCCCUUUUUUGUAACCGUAACGCAUUCCGCAACGAACAAACACAGGAAGCAUCGUCGGCCGCAUCUACAAUUCUUCCUCGUACGUCGAUGGCGAUGUCGUCUGGACCUCCCCCAUCACCCAGGGAACCGUCAAGGAAAACUGCGAGGUUUCCACCGAAUCCGGAAGCCGGUACUACCUGUCGUCCCUGGCCUCGGAGGAACCGCCCACGGAAGACACCAAGGCGCCCGAACCCCCAAAGCCACCCGCGGCAACCCUGAAAAACAUCAACACGAUGAAGGUCACCCCCGACAACCUUGCGGCCGUCCUCAAGGGAAUCACCGGAGCCGUCAGCGAGAUCGAGUCCUCCCUGGGUCUGGCCUCGUCGGGCUCGUCGAAGUCGUCGUCGUCGUCGGCUUCUUCCAAGAGCAAUCAAAGCAUCGAUGUCGUAUUGGGAGCACAGUGGGGUGACGAAGGAAAGGGAAAGCUCGUAGACAUGCUCAGCCAAGUAAGUAACACCGGCGGAAGACCUCGAGUUGUAGGACACGCACGGAUGCAAUGAACCAUGUGAUUCGUUUUUCAGUUGCCACAUUACAGACCGAUGCGCUCACUUUCCAACAAUUGUUGCAACUGCGGACGAUAGGAAUACGAUGUUUGUGCCCGUGUCGCCGGUGGUUCGAAUGCCGGACACACAAUCGUGGUAGACGGCGUCAAGUACAAAUUCCAUUUGCUUCCCAGUGGCAUUCUCAACCCCGACGCCAUUGGCAUCGUCGGCAACGGUGUUGUCAUUCACCUGCCAUCCUUUUUGAAAGAGAUCGAGGGCCUCGCGAAGGAGGGAGUCGCACAUGAGGGCCGUGUCUUCAUUUCCGACCGUGCCCACCUGGUCUUUGAUUUCCACCAGACCGUCGACGGAUCCCUGGAAGACCGACUGGGACGCAACAAAAUCGGAACCACCAAAAAGGGAAUCGGCCCCGCGUACGCCUCCAAGAUUUCCCGAAACGGCGUGCGCGUUGGUGACUUGGCGGAUUGGGAGUACUUUGAGCAGCGAUUCCGGGCCCUUGCAGAGCACCACAUGCGCUCCUACGAGGGUCUGAAAAUAGACAUCGAGGCAGAGCUGGCCUACUACAAGAAAAUCGCCCCCAAGAUCUUGGCGAUGACCUGCGACACGAUCGAGCUCACCAACAAAAAGUACAACGAAGGCCAAAGAAUUCUUGUGGAGGGUGCGAAUGCCGCCAUGCUCGAUAUCGAUUUCGGAACCUAUCCCUACGUAACUUCGUCCAACCCAUCGGUCGGAAGCGUCCUUACAGGCCUCGGUGUCAGCCCCAAGAAACUUGGUGGCAUCUACGGAACCGUCAAGGCGUACUGCACACGCGUCGGCGAGGGUCCUUUCCCCACAGAGCUGAACGUCUUGGUUGGCGAGGGAUCCCACCUCGCGACCGUCGGACACGAAUUCGGGACCACCACGGGUCGUCCUCGUCGUUGCGGAUGGCUCGAUAUGCCCCAGCUCAAGUACUCUAUUACGAUCAACGGUUACACCUCUAUCAAUCUCACAAAACUGGACGUCCUUUCGGGACUGAAGGAAAUCCCCCUGGGAGUUGCCUACAAGGCAAAGGACGGGACAAUCUUGGAGACCAUGCCGGCCAGCCUCAAGCAACUGGAAGGCGUAGAUGUCCAAUACGAAACCAUGCCCGGAUGGGACGAAGACAUUUCCAAGUGCCGAACUUUUGACGAGCUUCCACUGAACUGCAAACGAUACGUCCAACGGAUCGAAGAGCUUGCGGGAGUUCCUAUUCGAUGGAUCGGUGUUGGUCCAAAUCGACUCGACGUGAUUGACCGAGGAGAGGCGUUCGAAAACUAAAAAAUGAAUAAAUAAAUAACAUGAAUGCAAUAAUUCCAGCCGUACUAA